GUUGUUGGAAGCAAACCGAUUUUUGGAGGUUAUGUUUGGUUUUGAUUCAUAAAUUUCAUAAUAAAUAGUGAACGCAUAAUAUUUAACGGAAAAAGUCAAACAGAACAAUCUGACGCGAGUCGUUUCAUAAAAGUAUUACAAUGCUUGAUAAAAUUCUUUAUAACACCGUGUUAUGCCAAACAUUUUCACCUUGCGGUAAAUAUUUAGUGGCCGGUAACAUUUACGGACAAGUAGCUGUAUUUGACCUCGACAGAAUACUAAAUCCAAUCGUAGAACUCCUUACGUCUGACUACAACAAGCCUAAACAGAUCUAUAAAAUCGAGUCUGGAAAACAAAUAUGCAGCUUGGCCAGUUCUGAGAAUUUUCUCAUUAUUGGAACAGUUAAUGAAAUUACUGGCUGGGAAUGGAAGGCAGUAGUUUCCGGAAAAUGGUCCAAACCAUCAUGGACCAUAACUAUUACUAUGAAAUCCUCCAUGGAACAAUCUGAUGUGAACAGCCUAUGGCUCUCUGAAGAUCAGUCCAAACUGUUUGCCGGAUGUGGUGACAACAAUAUUUACGCUUUUAACCUGGAGGACGGCAGAUUGGUGACAACUUUUAAGGGCCAUAGUGAUUAUAUUCAUAGCAUACAUGGCAAGGCGCAACAACUUAUAUCAGGCGGUGAAGAUGGUCUAGUGAUGCUUUGGGAUGAGAGGACGGGAAAGUCUCAUAACAAACUGGAGCCCCACGCCAACAGCAAAGUGACCCGGCCAGAGGUGGGCAAGUGGAUAGGGGCUGCGUCUUUGGCAGAUGACUGGAUUGUAUGCGGCGGCGGCCCCCGCCUGGCCCUGUGGCACCUCCGCUCCCUCGACCCCGUGACCACCUUCGACCUCCCCGACCGCGGCAUACACGUGGCAUUCUUCCACGACGACUGCGUGUUCGCCGGCGGCGCCACUAAGCACCUCUACCAACUUUCAUACUCCGGUGACAUUAGGGUUGAACUACCGGUGUCAGCGACUACUGUGUAUUCGGCGGUGAUAAAGACAAGUCCGAAUGUUUUGGCUAUUGCGGGGUCUAGUCCGGAGAUAGAUCUGUGUACGACGUUUAAUUAUAGGGAUCAGGUACUGCAUUUCCGGUAAGUUGUAAUGUAAGCAAAGCAGUUGCAGAUGCAAAUGAAUUAUUGGUGUAACUAUCUUCUCUCCCGCUCUGGCAGGUCUGUAAGUACUAAACUACAAAGGUAAUUUUGUUUUUUAUAGUCUGGCUAACCAUUUAAGACAGUGGAAGGCGGAAAAUAAAAAACCCAUAGAACAUUUUCGCGCUUUUUAAGGGUCCCCGGCAAGCUCGGUUCUCCAUACAAACGUAGUUCCGCUCUCAUUUUAAAACGACUAGCUAGAUUGCUCUGAAACUUUGUACUUACAAUAGAAUAAGGUAUAUCUAUGUCUGUAAUGGCAAGCGCGGGCGAGGAAAAGCACCCACGAGAUGGUCUGAUGGUGUGAAGAGGGUGGUUGUGUGCGUGACUCAUGUGGCUUAUGACCGCACACUAUGGAGACGGAGCAUACAUGGUCGCGAUCCUCAGCAAUGAGGGACCGAGGAAGAAGAUGUCUGUAAUUAGUUUAUGUAGCUUCAGAUACCAUAGUUAAAAAAAUACAGUGAAUUAAAGUUUUUCAUACAAAACUUGUUUUUGCUCUAUUUUGUUUGUUUUAUAAACUGGAGCUAUAUAAACUAAUUACAGACCUAGAUAUAUGUCAUGUCAUUGUAUGGGCAAAGUUUCAUUACAAUCCAACACGUAGUAAAAUGAGAGCGGAACUACGUUUCUAUGAGAAGGUGCAAUUCGCCGAGCUUGCCGGGGACUCAGUACAACUGACAAAGUGGUUUGCCAGACUAUAGGUACCUUGCGAUUUGCAAAUGAACCUCUGUUUUAUGUCCGUAUUGUGACGUGAACUAUGUUGAAUUUAUGUAAAGACAGACGGUUAGACUCUGAUCACCCUAACUUUGCACAGAAUGCAUAUAUAUCCUAAUCUCC